AAUAGGACGACUCUCUGCAUCCACAGGUUGCCAAGCGACUCUCUCCUCUUCUCUCCUCCUCUCUGAGCAUCUUAUAGCAACCCGGACCUACCUGAGAGUCCAGCUGGUGGAGGUGAACCAUUAGAGGAGUCGUUUGGAUAAAACGCUUUCAACUUGGGCUGCAACAUAGAAGCUGCAAAAAUGGCAAAUCCACAGCCUUGGUUGAUUAGAACCUGCCUGAGCAACAAUUUUAUUGCAUUGCGCAGGACUUUUCUGCCGUAAAAACAUCUGAAAACAUCUGGUUUCUUCCGAGGACUGUGCGAUUUUAUUCGAGACCACCACCAUGCCACCUCGCUGCAGCCGCACCACUGCGACAUAAUGGCAUGUAGGAGCGGCUGCUGCUGCGGCUCCGGUCCGAUAAACGAGGAUAACGCGCGGUUCCUGCUGCUGGCGCUGUUCAUCAUCGUGUAUCUGCUGUGCGGCGCCGCGGUGUUCUCCGCGCUGGAGCAGCCGAAGGAGCGCGAAGCGAAGGAGCGCUGGACGCAGAGGUUCGAGACCUUCAGUCAGAGGUUCAACCUGAGCAAGAAGGACCUGAACAACUUCCUCAGGAGCUACGAGGAGGCGAACGUGGCGGGGAUCCGCGUGGACACCAUCAGACCAAGAUGGGACUUCACGGGCGCGUUUUACUUCGUGGGAACUGUGGUGUCAACCAUUGGAUUUGGGAUGACCACUCCGGCCACCAUUGGAGGAAAAGUCUUUCUGAUGUUCUACGGCCUGCUCGGCUGUGCGGCCACCAUCCUCUUCUUCAACCUAUUUUUGGAGCGUGUCAUCACCGUCAUCGCCGUCGUCCUCAAGUCCUGUCACGAACGGCGCCAUAACAAAGCUGCGCUCCCACAAAACGGCCGGCGAGGAGGCGGAGCUGGGGGAAGCGGAGGAGGAAAAGGAGGAGGAGGAGGAGGAGGAGAUCUGGCUGGCUGGAAGCCUUCGGUGUACUGCGUCAUGCUCAUUCUAGGAGUGGCAGCCAUCUUGGUGUCCUGCUGCGCCUCGCUCAUGUACUCGGCUGCCGAGGGCUGGGGCUACCUGGACUCGCUCUACUUCUGCUUUGUGGCCUUCAGCACCAUCGGUUUCGGAGACAUGGUGAGCAGCCAGCGGGUCGUCUACGAGGGCCACGCCACGGCCGCGUAUCGGCUCGGCAACUUCUUCUUCAUCCUGACCGGCGUCUGCUGCAUCUACUCCCUCUUCAACGUCAUCUCCAUCGUCAUCAAGCAGGUCCUCAACUGGCUGCUGAGGAGACUGGAGGCGCCCUGCCGCUGCUGUUUCCCCAGGAGGGGUCACCACCCGCACCGGCACCCACGACGCAACGUGGUGGCCCCGGGCCACCUGCGCGCCCGCAGGGACCCCUCCAUCGAGACGGACGCCAUCAACGAAAGCGAGACUGACAACGGGCGCAGGAUGUCUGGGGAGAUGAUUUCCAUGAGGGACUUCCUGGCAGCCAACAAGGUGAAUCUGGCUAUUAUGCAGAAGCAGCUUUCGGAGAUGGCCAUCGGGCACCCGCGCCAGUCCAGCUCCAGUUCGCGCCAGAACGGAUUCUCAGGAGGGGUGGGCGCCCUUGGCAUCAUGAACAACCGACUGGCAGAGACAAGCGUGGACAGAUAGGGGAGACUGAACCCUUUCUAAAGGUUACAAAAGGCUGAGAGGUGAUGAGACGAGGAAGGACACUGAGGACUGACUUCCUGAAGACUUGGGUGGUGCACAAGACUGAAUUUAUGACUAAUUCAUCUUUUUCCAUCGAAAAAGCAAGCUGACCCCCAGCAGUUAUCCAUUUCCUGUCAAGAACAUGGCUACAUGAAAGAUGCAUGUAUAGCUGGCUGGAGUCUCACAUCUGGACAAGACUCAGUGCGCCGGAAUGUUUCCCCCCAUGAGGAUUUCAGUUUCCAUGGCGAUAAAAAAAGGCUGCCAAGAGCCCUUGUAUCUAAGCCUUAUAAACAUGAUGCACUACAUACUAUUUCACACCAAACUGCCACUUCCACUCAUCUAUUGUACUUGACAAUACUCACUAUGAUUUCCGCCCACGUCCAUACUGUGUCUGACAUGAAAAUAGCUUUAAUAAAAUGUUUCUUGAUUUCGUGUCAAACAGUCAUCGUCAUGUAGAAAUCCCAAUUCAUGGAUAAUUGAAUGUUUACCUUUAAUGCACAAUUUCACAAUUAGACUAUCAAUGGCACUCUCCUUCAUUCGUGACUCAAUGUGACAAAUGUUUCACAGCCUUAUUAUAUGCCAUUCAGUAGCCUCCGUCUUCGCAGUGCUUUCAUUCAUUAUCACAACAAAUAGAAGACAAAACCCCCGAAAAGAACCUCAUUACAAAACAAACAGACCUAUCUCCGGCUGAAUGGGUUGUGUUCGGAGUCCGAGAUGAAGCCUAUUAUAUGUGAGACUGCUGUUUACUUUGAGGUUUGUUGCACAUUAUCCAAGCUCGGAUGCAGACAUGAGGACAUUUUCACACCCUUAUGUUGUACUACUAUCUCUUUAGGUGGUUGGUAUUGAUGCAAUGAAACGAGUCACUCCAGGGCUUGUUAUUUGAUUUUAGCUCGACAGUGUUAGGUUUUUGUUUUUCCUGUAGUCUGGAUUCAUCGCAAGUGCAAAAAGGACAAAAGACAGAUUGUUCAUAACAUGCCCGCGGAGUGAUUGACUUGGGUGAAACCUGCAAGCAGCCGAGCGGGAGGACCACUCGUGGACACUGUAUUAUGUUUGAUCUAGUGAGAUUGUAUAGGCAUCUUCAUUCUCUUUAUAAAUGCAUCUGAGAGGAAACUACAGGUUGAGAAUCUUCCUCUGACGUCACCAGCUGAGCUUUGGUGGAUUUAAUUAAAAGUGUGUCGGAUUUCCAGAGAGCAAGAGAGACAACCCUACCAAUACCAAUAAAAUGGCAACGUAGCAAACCUGCACAGAAAUAAGGCGCUAUGAUAUUUUUGUACAAGGUCGGCAUGAUUUUUUUUAAGGAUGAUUUCCAAUGGUUGUAAGAACGCUAUAUGUGUGAGUCAUUUGUUGCAAAAUCCUUUUCAGUUCACGGCACAAACUGAGAAGAAGGAGGUGCGAUUCCAGAUGGCACACGCAUUAAUAAAAACAUAUGCAGCGUGAAGAAUGCAUUAGUAUGAAAAGAAAGAAACAAUUUAAUUGAAUAUUUGCUCUACACCCCUCCCUCAAAUGGCAUUUAUUUUUUUUUUGAGGAUGUUACACUCCAGCCAUGCAUGCAGCUUUAGCGCACCCGGUACGACUGUUAUCAGGCCAUUAAAUAGGCGUAAUUGGUCGCUAUAGAAAGGCGAAGUCCCGCCCCUUCCGUUGGACCCCAUGGGACCGUAUUUCACAGUCUUAUACUUCAACACUUUUACAACAGACUGCGACUUUCUUGCCUUUUUAAUAAUUAUCUUUUAAAUUGUCGAACAUCAUAUGUACGAUUCAUGGUGCAUUCAAAUGGAAUAAUAAAAAAAAUUGUCUCUCGCUGUUGACUACCGUUCCCCAUGGUUGCCUUUCUAUAAGCACCAUAGAUGUGGGUCAUUAGGGGCCUACUACACCUUCUACGUUGUAAAACUUAAAGUGAAACUUAAAAGCAACACAUUGUAACACAUACAAUUAAAUGAAACGUUACGU